UAUAACAAAUAAUUUGAGGAAACAGUUUGAAUUACUGAUGGCAGCGGUAGUCGAGCCUGCAGGCAACAAUAAUACAGAGGAAGCAGUGUCAGAGGAAGGGGGAGAAGGAACGCCGUCAAUAUCAGAAAUUAUACGAUAUGGGGCACCGCCGGAGUACAUUCCAUUGCUUGUUCUAUCCUUCAUUAUCUGCGUCUUUAUCAUCGUGUUAUUUGUACGUGCAGUAAACGAACACAGGAGGUUCUUCACUAAGCACACAAUGCAAGGACUGUGCACUUUGGGGAUAGUCCUCACCUUUCCUGUCUACGCUAUCAUGUACUACUCUGGAAUCAUCGUACCGAGGGCGAUGGCUAAAGUUACAUUUUUAGCAGAAACCUACGAGGCUAUAUCACUGGUGUUCUUUCUCAGGCUCCUGUUCACCUACAUGGGCGGAAAGAAACAGACAAUUGGUAAACUAAAGGGCCACAUGGUCCCUCUUGCUAACCCUCCUUUAUGCUGCCUCAUCUGUCUUCCUCACAUAAAGUUUGGAAAGAAGUUUAUGUUGGUUCAUGAGUUGUUCAUUCUCCAGCUGUUCAUUUUUCAGCUGAUCCUCGGAUAUAUUGACCUUCUCAUAGGAAUAGACGACAGUCACACCCACCCUGCCUCCCUCAUAGAGGAGACCUACUCUCACUACUUCCACGGCUUUAUCCUCCUGUCCCUCCUACUCGCUAUCUACGGUCUGGGAGGCAUCUACCACGCGGCCGAAGAGCAACUCAAACACUACCAGAUCUUCAGGAAGUUUAUCCUGUACAAAGCGUUCGUAACGGUGGUAAAAGUAGAAGAACUGCUGGUAACACAGCUGGCAAUGAAGGUGAUUGAUAGUUUGGAGCUGGAUAUUGGAGUGGGCGCUAUACCUGGAGAACUCCGUGUCCACAUGUUGUGUUAUUUCCUGGUGAUAGUCCAAGCUGCUGUUAUCUUCCCCUUCUUGCUGAGAGCCUACAGUACUGCUGACUACCCUGUCACUCCUCCUGCCCUGUCAGUGGACAGCUGUACUGAUCUGCCUAUGUUGGAGUUUAAAGGUGACCAGCCACUGCCUGCAGUGUCUGACUAUGUGUCAUUUCCUGCUGCUCAGACUUUAGAGGGACCGCAAAGUGGGGGGUCUGAGGAAGAGGAGACCACAGAGAUAACAGUGCUAGCUCAAUGUUAAAUGUUUCCUUUAUAGCUAAUAGGUAGUAGAAAUACCAGGAAACUGAUUUAUUUGUCUAAAUUGAAUAUGUAGCUAAACGUAUUAUUUUAGAUGGCAUAUGUUUUGUUAUAGAAUAAUAUGAAAAUGCUUAUUUUAUAUGAAUGUUUAUUUUAUGGAUG